GGUGCCGCCGUGAGCCCCCCGUGUCACCUCCGUCGCGAUGCGGGGGGAGCGGGGGUGCCGCCCGCCGCCGCCCCCCCCUUCCCUCCCCAAGCCCCUGCGCUUUGUGCGUGCGGCGGCCACCAGCAUGCGGGGGGAGCGGCAACUUGUGGGAAGCUGCUGCUGCUCCUCCUGCUGCUGCUCCUGCUCCUACUGCUGCUGCUGAGCCUCGGGGGGCAGCGCCCCGCAACGCCCCGAGCGCCCCCGGAGGUUUCAUUUUCCUUCACCAAUACUUCAAGGCACAGAGGAGCUGGUAAAGGCACUGCCAUGAAACCGAACUUGAAGCAAUGGAAACAACUCAUGCUGUUUGGGAUCUUUGCCUGGGGUCUGCUUUUUCUGGUGAUCUUCAUCUAUUUUACAGAUAGCAAUACUGCUGAGCCCGUUCCCAGUUCUUUUUCUUAUAUUGAAACUAAGAGGCUUCUGCCCCUACAGGGCAAGCAGAGAGUCAUAAUGGGAGCCAUACAUGAUCCAUCAUUCUCUGAAACCAUCGAUGGGAAUGAGGUACUACUUAAUGAAGACCUUUUAGGUACAUUUAAAUCAGGGACUGGAAGUAUUAAGAAAUGGACUGAUUUGGAAGAUGCCUUUAGAAGUGAAGAUGAAUAUUUUCCAUCCCAAUUAGGAAGAAAAUCAAAAAGUGCUUUCUACCAAGUGAAUGAUGAUUAUUUAUUUGCUGCUGGUCAGCCUCGGUCACACAGCAACCUUCAAGAGAUAGCAAAAUUCAUCUCAGCCGAUGAGGAUAAUCUGAAAGAAAAUAUUUUGCAGAACAACUGGGGCAAUCAGAGAAGAAUGAGGAGAAGGAGCGCAAAGCACAGGAGAAGCCAGAUGCUUGAUGAAUCUGAUGACUGGGAUGGGCUGUAUUCCACGAUGUCGAAAUCCUUUCUUUACAAGCUUUGGAAAGGGGAUGUCUCUUCCAAGAUGCUAAACCCUCGACUGCAGAAGGCGAUGAAAGAUUAUUUGAGCACUAAUAAGCAUGGGGUGCGGUUCAAAGGGAAACGAAACUCUAAGUUAACAGGCGACCAGCUUUUCUGUGAGCUAAAAGAAAGGGUGAAUGUGAAAACAAUAGAUGGCAAGGAGGCUCCCUUCUCCACUCUUGGAUGGGAGAAGCACGUUCCCCAAAUUCCACUGGGCAAAUUGUAUACACAUGGCUUUGGGAGUUGUGCUGUAGUUAUGUCUGCUGGUGCAAUACUGAACUCCUCUCUAGGGGAUGAAAUAGAUUCUCAUGAUGCUGUUCUAAGAUUUAAUUCUGCUCCAACGCGUGGCUAUGAAAAAGAUGUUGGAAAUAAAACAACCAUGCGAAUCAUCAACUCCCAGAUUCUCACCAACCCAAACCAUCACUUUGUUGAAAGCUCCUUGUACAAAGAUGUUAUCUUAGUAGCCUGGGAUCCUGCCCCCUACUCUGCAAAUCUGAACGUGUGGUAUAAGAAGCCAGACUACAAUCUGUUCACUCCCUAUGUACAGCAUCGCAGGAAGAAUCCAAACCAGCCAUUUUAUAUUCUCCAUCCAAAGUUUAUAUGGCAGCUCUGGGACAUCAUUCAGGAGAACACUAAAGAGAAGAUACAGCCCAACCCUCCUUCUUCAGGUUUUAUUGGUAUCCUCAUCAUGAUGUCCAUGUGUGACGAAGUGCAUGUGUACGAGUACAUCCCUUCAGUCCGACAGACCGACCUAUGCCACUACCAUGAACUCUACUAUGAUGCAGCUUGUACCUUAGGGGCCUAUCACCCGCUGCUCUAUGAGAAGCUGUUGGUGCAGAGAAUGAACAAAGGUUUGCAGGAUGACCUAUAUCGGAAGGGGAAGGUCAUUUUGCCAGGAUUCAAAUCUGUCAAGUGCCCCAAACGAAAUAAUUUCCCACACUUGUAGAAGAGAGUCCUUCAGAAACAAUGUGCAAUAAGGUACUACUGUCGUACUAUAAACAAGGAGAGAAUACUUGAAAAAUGUAUCUUAGACCAAUCUAGUCUUGAGUCUAUAAAUUGUAAUUAACUAGCAGGCAUGAGAAAUACUUCUUUUCUGAGCCUGAGUAUUUAUUACUGCUUUGCAAAUAAUUAAAGAAAAAAAAAAGCUUAGCUUACGAAAGGUGCAGAGGACAUACUUAGGCAGAAGUAUAAUGUAUUGUUGUGGGUGUGACUGUCAGAAUUCGUCAGUGGUCUCUUAUGCCACAUAUGCUAAAUUGUAACUUUUUUUUUUCUAAAUGAAUUUAUUUAACUGUUAAAUCUGGCAUUGUGAAACAGCCUGUAUUGUUCACGUACAGAGCUGCCAGCUGAACAAUGCAGCAUUUCUCAUGGCUCCAUGGGAUUUUCACACUCACCAAGAAUGAAGUAGUUGCUACUCUGAGCUGCGUUUUUAUUGAUUAGAGGAGAUUUUAAUUCCCAUUCACACACAGGUUUAGUUACCGGCUUCCAACAGUAUAGGGGGCCUUAUGCUGGCUAUAAAGUUGGUGCAGACACACAAACCAGCUAAAUCAGUAAAACUACUGGAUGUAGCUUUGGUCACACUGCUUUGGUCACAACAUUGCUCACACUGUGUGAGGCAGAGGGAAAUGAGAAAUUUCUUGUUUCUAUAGGAAGCAACAAAUAUUGUUAACUCAUUCAGGAAAAAAAAUCUCCCUGAGAGGCCCAUGAAGAAAGUAUAAGUGAGGGAAAUGAUACCUUCCCCUGGUCUGCACAGAUACAAACUAUCCAAAGAAAGCCAAGGGAGGUUGUGUAGCGCACAUAUCACACUGAAAGCAAAUGUAGAGGGAGCUCACCUUUCUGCAGCAAAGAUAGCAUUCAAGAUUAUAGACAUCAUUUGUUAGGCAUUUCAUUGUGAUACAAAUCAAUUUCACUUGCUCACAAGUUACUGCUGUUAAGAAAGUAUAGGGAGUUGUCUGACAAAAGAAGAGGAUGUCAGCUUUUUUAUUAUUAUUAUUUUUUAUUUAACCUUUGAAAGGCUAUACCCCAGAGAAGCUGUAAUGCCUGAAAAACAAAACGAAACAAAAAAACAAA